CACGCACAAGCAUCUAAAUCAGCCAAAACACAAGAUUGAGAGCAUCUACACCAGAGGAAAGUUCACCGAAGUAUCCCAAGAUGAAUCGCAACACACGCAAGCAUCAAAAUCAGCCAAAACACAAGAUUGAGAGCAUCUACACUUAGAGGAAAGUUCACCGAAGUAUCCCAAGAUGAAAGGCAACACACACAAGCAUCAAAAUCAGCCAAAAUCACGGUUUUGGAGGGAGGAAGAAGAUGAAGAAGGGGAGGAGAGGAAGGAGAGGAAGAAGAAGGAGAAGAAGAGGGAGAAGAAGGAGGAGGAGGAGGAGGAGAGGGAGAAGAAGGAGAAGGAGAGGAAGAAGGAGAAGAAGGAGAGGAAGAAGAAGAAGGAGAGGAAGAAGGAGGAGAAGGAGAAGGAGAAGGAGAGGAAGAAGAAGAAGAAGGAGAGGAAGAAGAAGGAGAAGGAGAAGGAGAGGAAGAAGGAGAAGAAGAAGAAGAAGAAGAAGGGGAGCAAGACGGCAGGAACAGCCGCAGGCGCAUCAGGAGAUGCGGCGAGUGCAAAGGUGGCUUCAGUUGCCCCGAAGGCAGAACCUGGGACACCUGCGGUAGCCGGCCGUGUUCCUACAGGACAUGGUGCUGAUGCGGCAGCUGGUGGUAAGGCGGCUCCCGCUGCCACGGCUACUAAGCCAGCAGCGAAGUUGGCAACUCCUGGGGGAACCACUGCUGGAGAAUCAGCAUCAGGGGCUAUUACAGAAGAAGAAGUUCGAAGAGUCCUGAGCGAGUCUGGACCGAUCAAGAGUGCAGCACUUAUCACAAAAUUCAAGAAGCAAAUAAAGGACCCAGAGGAGCGUGCAAAAUUUGCAGCAAUCCUGAAAAGGAUCUCAAAAAUCCAGGAGACACCAGAGGGGAAGUUCAUCACCUUGCGGACAAAUGCAGCGGCAAAGAAGUCUUGAUGACCGUUUUUUUGCCUUGGCCCUUGUUUUUUGUUUUGGGGGGGGGGGGGGGGGGGGGGGGGGCGGGGGUUGGCCGUCACUGCAGUCGUGCUGAGAUUUCUAUGAGUUUCUGACUGGCUUUUGAACUCCUCUCACAUCAUCAUUCUGCCUGCGAUAAUAUGAAAUAUUGAUUAUUAUUCAUAAUGAUUCACCCCUGUACACAUCUCCGAAGCGCACCAUACAGAGGAUCGUACGCAUUGUCAUUCCUUUCAUCGUCUUGCCUGCAAUAAUAUGGGUUAUUCGUAGCAAUUCAUCCCUGUACGCAUCUACGAAUUGCGAUGGGACAUGUGAUUGAAUUACGCAUCCAUACCGGAUAGAGGACCAAAAAUUUCGGAAUGUCAGCUCAAAAGUGGGUGCGGCUGUAUAGUUGGAAACGGACUAUUAGUAGAAAUCUGUGGGUUGCCCAGCAUGGUCAGCGAGGUUUUUUUCAUCUCCAGUUCACGACUAUUGACAUGCUGAUUUAGACUUGCACACGCUAAGCGGCCUAAGCCUAUGAUGGGUGCAUGUUACAAAUCUUGUGGCCUUUAAACUAGCCCCAUAACUUCCAGCGAGCAUUUUGUUGUUGGAGUACAUGAUCAUUGACAUGCAGAUUGGGGCAUUUGAUCGACUUACUUUCCGCACUGGUUGUGGUGACCCUGUGCUCCUUUUACAGCUAUUCUCUCCCUGAGGCAAAGAGUGCAAAGUCGCGCAAACCCACCAUUAUAAGUAGACUUACUCCCUUGCUCUGUAAUUUUCCUGCUUUGCACUGGAACCUUGCCCCAAGUAAAGGGCCUUUCAAAUG